AUGGAUCCUGCGGCCCAGAUCAGCUACCAGGUAUGCAUCACAAUGAUAUGGGUGUAUUACUUUCUUGCAAUCCAAGUUUCACCCGGUUCGCCGCCGAAAAACUACCAAGUUCCUAAGCGCCACUGGAAAAAGUGGUGCAAGAAGUGCCAAAACUAUAAACCUGAAAGAGCACAUCAUUGUCGCAAGUGCAACACUUGCGUCCUACAAAUGGACCACCAUUGUCCUUGGACAAAUAACUGUGUAGGUUACAGAAACCUUCCUCAUUUCAUGCGCUUCUUGGUUAGUGUUCUAUUGGGUACAUCAAUAACUUUGGUGGGCUUGCUGAAGAGAGCGAUAGAAUACUACAAUAAGAGAGAUAUGCCAGUGUAUCUCAUCAAUAAGUCUGAGAUGGCUGCUGUGAUUGCAUUAUGGCCCCUUGAUGCAUUCAUUUUUUUCGCUAUUCUUGUGCUUUUCCUUCGGUGUCUCUUGCACAUCUGUUCCGGGAAAACCCAGAUUGAAGUGUGGGAAAUGGAGCGCAUCGAGGCCCAAUUCCACACUGAGCGCUUUUGGAAAAAAAUCAGACAUAAUUACCAAUUGGUCCACGGUAAAGAGAUGCCACGGCUAACCUCUUGGAAUCUCUCGGCUCGCAUGUACGAGCAGAUGGAAGGAAUGGAAAUGGACGGUGAGGAUGAAGCAAUUGUUCCUGCGAUGUUCACACCAGAUGAUCUAGUGUUUCCGUAUGAUCUCGGCCUUUGGAGAAACUUGACUACAGCCUUGGGUAGCCCAUGGACAUGGCUUUUGCCUUGGGGAAUGCCCAAGGGGAAUGGAUAUAGUUUUGAGGUUACAGAUGACGACGAUCAAUUAAACCUUCCAUGGCCCCCAGAUGGAGGAAAUGUUGAUUUUGAGCCGCGGGAAUUGACUGAUGAAGAGCUUCGUCAAAUUGGAAAUUAUACACUUAUCAAGAAGCAUUUAGAUCCUCGGAGCCAUAUGGCCCGCACAGAAUGGAUGAAUGACUUAGGAGAAACUCUCAACGAUUUCGGGGUCGAUGUUGAAGCAGAGGAUGAAGGCACUUUGGCAUAA